AGGCGGUAUUGGAUAGGGGUGUGUGUGUGGAGAGGCUGUUGCACUAUAUCUUUAGAGUUGCAUGUUUAGUGCUCGCUAAUUUAAACGAUGCCUGCCGAGAGUUUGCGUUGGGAUACCCUGGAAGCCCUGAAGAACUCAAGCAAAGGGAAACUGACAUACAACACAGCGUGGCUGGAAAAGGGCGAGGGUAUAUUGGAGAGUGUGAACACGACCCCCAGCCUCUCUGCAUGGGUCCUCCGGCAGCUGAGUUCUCGAUCGCCCCAGAAAGCAGCCCCCUGCGACGCCCCGCCCAGCCCUGUCUUUGUGACCGGGCUUUCCGCAGAGCCCUGCACGCCGGCCCGGGUCCCCUCCCCUCCAGCAGAACCCCGAGGCGCGGGCGAGAGGGAAGAGGUGCAGGGCGAUGCUGUGGAGAACACUCCGAAGGACCCCGACCCCUCCAUCUCCCUGCUGUCUGCACGGGCCACGCAGGUGGAGGGCUGCAUCCGGGUCUGUGAGAAGAACCACCGGGAUAAGGCACAGGAGCUGCUGAGGCAGAGGCUGGAGCUGCAGGAGGAGGUGGUGGGGGCGAUGGCCAGCCGGGAGUCGGAGCAGCUCAAGAGAUUCGAGGAGCUCAUGGAGCUGAAACGAAGGCAGGAGUACCAGAGCGUGAGAGACAUGCUGGAGCGCAGUUCCCAAGAGGCUCUGGGGCGUCAGGAAAAGCUGAAGGAGGAGCACCGCCACAGAAUGAAGAUCCAGAACCUGAAGCUGAGAGAGGCGGAGCUCCAGCGCCUGCGGGAGGCGGAGUUAGAACGCCAGCGGCAGGUGGAAGGGCGGGACAGGCUGCGCAGGCUCAAUUCUGUCCAGGAGGAGGUGCUGCAGCUCAACCAGCUCAUCGACCCCAACUCUGUCCAGGCCUCCCUCGACCUGACGGGGUACAGUGUGCGCGGGAACCAGCUCUGCGGCCACGUCUCCGAGGUCGUCCGCUCCACUGCAGAGGGAGAGUUCCCGAGCGCAGAGGACAUGGCGAGGGCAGAAGGGGCGCUGCAGGAAAUGCGCGCGAUGAUCGGUGGCAUGCGGCAGGACAUCGAGGCGGCCCUGGAGAAGAAGAGGAGGGACCUAGCGGAGGAGGAGGAGAGGAGGAAGCAGCUAGAGCUUCAGAGGCAGCAGGAGUUGAAGCCUCAGACCGCAGCGCCCCCUGCUGAGCAGAAAGGGAAGCAGAGGAAAGCAGGUCUGCAGACCUCAGCUGAGGAGAGCACUCUGAAGUGGUAUAAGGAGCUGCAGGAACUGUCCAGGCAGUGUGCCUCAUCCUUCGAGGAGCUCAACAGCAGCAAGGACACGCAGACCAGGAAGCUUCGCAUGGAGCUGCAGAAGGCUGCCUCGAUUCCAGUCAGCCAGAUCUCCAGCAUCUCAGGCUCAAAGCUCAGGGAGAUCUUUGACAAAAUUGACAUCCUGCUGUCCUGUAAGAGCGUCCAGUCUGCGGGGCGGCCCGUCUCCGCCAGUCAGCACCCCCAGGGGCUGGAUUUCGUCAGCUACAAACUGGCAGAGAAGUUCGUGAAACAAGGAGAGGAGGAGGUUGCUUCCCACCACGAGGCAGCCUUCCCCAUUGCGGUUGUUGCCUCUGGAAUCUGGGAGCGCCACCCCAAGGUGGGGGACCUCAUUCUGGCUCACCUGCAUAAGAAGUGCCCCUACUCCGUGCCCUGCUACCCCCCGAUGAAGGAGGGCACCUCCAUCGAGGAAUACCAAAGGAUUCUGGGAUAUCGCGUGGAUGACAUCGGGGUGGAAGCCCAGGACAGCUUCCUGAAGAGAAUGUCCGGGAUGAUCCGCCUGUACGCCGCCAUCAUACAGCUACGGUGGCCCUACGGCAACAAACCAGCGUCGGACCACCACGGGCUGAACCACGGCUGGCGCUGGCUGGCACAGAUGCUGAACAUGGAGCCCCUGGCUGACAUCACAGCAACCCUGCUCUUCGAUUUCUUGGAGGUUUGCGGGAACGCCCUGAUGAAACAGUACCAGGGACAGUUUUGGAAGCUGAUUCUGAUGAUUAAGGAAGAGUACUUCCCCAGGAUCGAAGCGGUCACCUCCACUGGACAGAUGGGAUCAGUGAUGCGACUGAAGCAGUUUCUCGAGGACAGCCUCAAACGCCGUGAAAUUCCUGUACCGAAGGGCCAUCUGAGUUCAUCGUUCUGGAGGUCCUGAGCGGGGCGCUGUGAGGGCGUUUGGGCAGGAGGCUCUUGACUGGAAACAUCUGGGAUCUGCAGCUGUGGUGCUGACGUUACCUUAUGUGUCUAGAAUCUGAAACCCCUUUUGAGAUCUAGAAUAAAAAAAGAGCCACUAGCCGAUGUAAAUGCAGCAGCACGGGGGCAGUGUAGUAUGAAAUUGGCCCAGCGAGAAAUCGUGAUGUAGAAGUAAUUGUGUUUUAUUAUUCUUUGUACUUUAUACCUUGGACUUGCAGCUUGGAACGGGACUCCGAGCCUAAUCAUGAUCUCGUAGCCGUGCAACGCUGCUUGUGACCUGUGUGCAUUUGUACAUCCUGUUCCUUAAACAGAGAUUCCGACUACACAUGCAAACCAGUAGCUUAAUCAUUUUGUAAGGAUGGAGGUAAGACUCCUGUUGUGUAGCAGUUUCACCCAUUUUCCAGGUUUUACUGUGAGCUUGAUUAGCCACAGUGUAUAGGUAACAAGCUCAGGUGUGUCUGAUUAAACUCGUAGGAAAACCAGGAAUGGAUGUCGUCUUCUCUCCGAGUAAAGCUGGUACACUACAGUGUGUAAUCAUGGACCUGCCCUCAGUGGAUGCAAGAAGUGCUAACAUAGAACAGGGGGCAGUGUUGCAGGGGGGACAGGUUAUUGGUUACACUGGUGUACCAGCUGUACUUGGAACUAAGCCAUGUUUGGGAGCUCUGUGGAGACCCUGUGGGUGCUAUUGAAAAAUGACACAGAAAGCGAGACACAAUGUUUCUAAAUAAGGAGUACCACGGUUUAGGUAACUGCGAUGUUUCAAACUCGUACCAGGUUUAAUGGUUUUCACCAACAGCCCUGGAGCAGGUGUGGCUCAUCACUGUAGUGAACGAGCACACUGCCAGUGACUUCCCUCAGACACGGGCAUGUCCAGAAACAGCAAGUGGAGCGCUCUGCUUCCCCGACUGGGGGGCUUGGCUGAAUCUUGCGCUGCAUGUGUCAUUUGAAUCCCUUUUUAAUAUGGUAUUAUAAACAUGCUUGUGCCAAUGGCUAUAGUCUGCUAUGCUAUGUGGAUUUAGUAACAAAACUUGAAUAGAACUGUAGUUACAGGGAAGUAUAUAGACAUGUAUGAGCUGCCCUGUUAGUAUUACCCUACAUUCUUUAAAUCUUAAGUUUUGCUAUUUGUGAAAUAUCGCUCUGUAUUAGAAAUGUUUAUGGUUUAUUUCUGGGUUUAAGUACCUAAGAGGAAGUGUUUUU